UUAGGGGAAGAAAAUGAAAAAUAAUUUAGAAAAGCAAAACUAAAUGUGGAAAUUGAUUUUAUAUGUUAAAAGACUAGAAUAAAGACAAAAUGAAAUAAAGAGGAGAGGGGUAUGAUAUCGCCACAUACCCUUUUUUGCAUGCUUACCCCAAAUGCUAUGAAGCCACGCAAUUUAUGCCCCAUACCAUACUGCCCAUUUCCUUUUCUCUUUCCUUUCUCCUCUGUUUUUCUUUCACUAUAUAAACUCUUCUUCUAUCUUCUUCUUCUUCUACCCCUUUUCCAUUUGCCCUAAUUUGAUUUUUCAACUCAAUGAGCCAGUGUUUGUGCCGAUCAACAACACAAAUUUCCAUUUCCAUUUCACUCUUCUUCUUUUUCUUCGUGUUCUUCUUCUUUUCUUCACGACAUUAACCUUCCGCCUAGGAAGCUUCUUACUGCUGUGAGACGAGAAAACGUUAACGGAGACAUGUGUUCUGAUUCACCGCGAUUUUCGUUUGCUGUUGAAUCACUUUUGCACAAAUUUUUGCCGUUUAAUGGUGAGGAUAAAUCGGAGGAAGAUGGAGAUCCGUAUUCUUCAGAUCAUUUUCGGAUGUAUGAGUUUAAGGUAAGACGGUGUACUCGUAGUCGGAGUCAUGAUUGGACGGAUUGUCCGUUUGCUCAUCCUGGAGAGAAGGCACGACGGAGAGACCCUCGUCGGUUUCAUUACUCUGGUACCAUGUGUCCGGAGUUUCGUCGCGGCGGGUGUGGUCGUGGUGAUGGAUGUGAGUUUGCUCAUGGAGUUUUUGAAUGUUGGCUUCAUCCGGCUAGGUAUCGGACGGAAGCUUGUAAAGAUGGAAAGAAUUGUAAGAGGAAGGUUUGUUUCUUUGCUCAUUCACCUCGUGAGCUUCGUCUUUUGCCUCCUGUCAGUAAUUACCAAAGCGGCUCUUGUUCUUCGCCGAAUAAUAAACGAAGUUCUUCUUCUCUUAGAUCUGCCUCUACUGCUUCUGCUUCUAAUCACUGCUGUUUGUUUUGUCAUUGCGGUGGAGCCGCCGCUACUUCCUCACCGACUUCUACGCUUUUCGGAAUGUCUCACCUAUCUCCGCCGCACUCUCCACCGCACUCCCCGGGAAAACCUAUAAACGGAUUUUCUCCGAUUUCGAGGUACAAUCCUGAUCAGUCUAAGUUAAAUGGAGUUCUGAGCUAUAAAGAUGCACUGACUGAGCUCAUGAGCUCAAUCGAAUCUAUGAAUAUGGAUGACGCCAAUGCCACUUUAGCCGCCGCUGCCGCCGCCGCCACCGCCGCGGCUUCCGGUCCAAGACAAACAAUUCCUUGGAUCGAUGUUUCGUCUCUCAACAACGAAGACCAACUUCAGUUUGUUCUCUCACCUUCUACUCCAAAUGUCUCCACCGCGUCGGUGAAUUUUUCCGUUGAUCAGAACAACAAUGGAUGGGCCUCCGCCUCCGCCUCCGCCUCCGAUCCGGAUCUGGGAUGGGUUAAUGAUCUGCUGAUGUGAAGUAAAGAAGAAGAAGAAGAAGAAGAAGAAGAAGAAGAGACGAAGAAGAUGAAGAAGGAAGAAUUGACACUUUUUUUUUUUUUUUUUGGUUGAUGAGGGAAAUGUAAAUAUUACACCAUCCGUAUAUAUAGCGCAGUAUUAUAUAUAUAUGGUGAUGAGGUGUAAAAAAAAAAAGUGAUGAAUAAUGAUUGUGAAUUAUUGUUUUGCAAAUUGUUGAGGGGAAGGGGAAAAAAGCUGCUGAAUUUUCCACUUAGAAUUAGAAUUUUAUGUGUUUGUUUGUUUGUUUGUUUCUAUUUAGAAACUCAAUAGAUCAGGGGGAAGGUGAGUAGGUGAGAUGGUGAAUCUAAUUUCCAAAUUCCCUGUUUUUGUUGUGUAUUAUUAAUUCUAAUUUCUCUUGAUGUAAUUUUAAUGCAAACUUUCUUUACCAUUUUUAUUUCUAA